GCGGGGAGGGGAGGAGCGAUGCAAAGUUAUGCUAAGGAGCGCCGCGUGUUUACUCCGCCCGCCGCACCAUCGAGUCGCGGCCUCCGGCCGUGCAGAGCGGCCGCCCGCCCUCCGAUUGGCCGCAAUCGGAGUCGUGAGGCGGGGAGGAAGUGGCGUCACGAGGCGCCCGGCGCGGCGGGCCUUUUGAAUAGGAGAGGCGGCGGCGGCAGGUUGGGGGGUCCUGGGCGUGACGUCACGGCGGGCCGGUGACGUCAUGGAUGGGGGAGGGGGGAGGGGGGCACACGGCGGGGUGGGGCGGGGGGCUCUCGGGUCCCCGCUGACCCCGGGGUGCCCGCUGACCCCCCGGUGACCCCUGACUCUCGGCGCCCCCCAGCCCCGCGACCUCCGCGGUGGCGGAGCCCCGCCAUGCCCCGCCCCAAGCCCACCGCCCCCCCGCCGCCGCGCGCGCCCCCGGCCGCGCCCCCCCCGGCGCCGCCGCCGCCAACGCCGCGCCGCGCCCGCAGGCUGCGGCCGGGCCAGCGGGCGCUCCAGGAGAUCCGCCGGUACCAGAGCAGCACCCGCCUGCUGCUGCGCCCCGCCCCCUUCGCCCGCCUGGUGCGGGAGAUCUGCCUGAUCUUCACCCGGGGGGUCGACUAUCGCUGGCAGCGCAUGGCACUGCUGGCGCUGCAGGAGGCGGCGGAGGCGUUCGCCGUGCGCCUGCUGGAGGACGCGUACCUGUGCUCGCUGCACGCCCGCCGCGUCACCCUGUACCCCAAGGACCUGCAGCUGGCCCGGCGCCUGCGCGGCCUCGAGGGGGGCGGCAUCUGACCCCCCCGGGGCCCCCCACCCUGCUGGGGCGCCUCGGGGACCCCCCCCCACCCUGCUGGGGCGCCUCGGGGACCCCCCAGGAACCCCCCACCCUGCUGGGGCGCCU